AUGAGGAUAUUUUCUCUGUGCUAUGUUUUCCCAAAUCCCUGUUUAUUGCUACUUUUCUUGACAAACCUCAGUGCCAGUCGGGCGGAGGAGUAUUUAGAAUUUCAUGGAUUAUUCGGUGACGACAUUUUGAGUAUGCUCUAUGGGCCAUGGCCGGGAUGGCCAGCACGAGACAUCAUCUAUGACAAGGACACUGGACGGCUCUCUCACGCCGCCGUUUCACUCGAACUCGAAGGAUUUUGGGUCCCUACAGAAUGGUGCAGUCGUGGGGAAAAACUGGAUUACUUAAUCUAUAAACAGGAUUACAUAAAUCUCACGCGCUUUACGUCUACAUCUCUGUCCUCGCUACGUGAACAGUGUUUCAAAGCAAACAUUUUGGCACUAAAACAACAGAAGUACAUUCAGCGGAAUCUCAUGAGCGUAAAGGUUGCUCUCGAAGCAAGGGGAAUCAAAGUCUUUCUGGGACAACAGACAUAUCUGGAUUCUAUUCGUUAUGGCCAAUUGGCCUUCCAUGACAAGGAAAUUGAGCUUCUGAUAAACCCGAGGGACUACGCACCUGCACGCGACAUAUUGCAAUCUCUGGCUAGUCAGCCUACUAGCGGCAUGCUAUUUACAUCCGUCAACAACAUUUCUGUCGGCCUAGCCUGUGACCCUGAUGAAGAACCAGUGCAUAACACCUCGAAACCAGUUUUAGGACCAAUAGGAAAAAGGAACGUCUUCUCUAACUGCCUUAUCAACGUCACAUUCCUGAAAAUUUCUGGGGAAGUAGCACGUGAUCAAAGUCGUCAAAAUUUCGAAUAUCGACCCCUUUAUGGCGUACUAUUCCAAGCCUUGGAUAACGAUGGAGCGAAACCUCAGACGCAAUUCUGUUUUACGAGGUCUUCUAACGUUGUAGAGUCGGAAGAAAUAAUUAGCAUUCUGGACCGCAAUCUUUUGACAAGAGGAAGGAAACUCCUGUGCAAUCAUAUUGCACUGCCUUGUUACCUACUAGAUGAUCUUCAACCAAGAAGCUACACAUUUAAUUAUUCGAAGCACAGCAUUGAACUAAUGCUAACCAUGGAAAAUUCCACUUGCCGGUGGCAGUCCGCAUUUGUGAAAAGCCUCGAUCCUCAUUAUGUUUACCACCAUGAGGACGAACUGGUACCCGCAAUAACCCGAAUUGACAUUUAG